AAGGCAACGACAACCCGUUAAUAUCAAUACACCCAUGUUAAUAUGAGACUACACAGCGUUACAGCGGGAAACUAAGGUUAUAUCGACAACAACCGGAGAGAAAAGAAACACGUUAGUAGCUAACAGCGGACGCUAAUGUGAGGUGUUUCUUGGUGUUUCUAGGUGGAUGGAUGCAGAGAACUUCGCUGAGUGAAUCUAAUGAAGGAUGGAGAAGGAACAGCACAACAUUGUCGUCUUCAACGUCUCGAAAAGAGAGCUGUUUACUACGAAUAAUGGCUACAAAUCCAUGCAGAAAAGACUAAGAGCUCAAUGGAAAAUCCAAAGUAUGAAGGAAGAGCUGUCGUUGGAGAAGCUGAAGGGCGUCAAGUUGUGGAUAACUGCAGGACCAAGAGAGAAGUUCACAGCUUCAGAGCUGGAGGUACUGAAGCACUACCUGGACGGAGGAGGAAAUGUCCUGGUAAUGCUUGGUGAAGGAGGAGAAAUGAAAUAUGACACUAAUAUCAACUUUCUCCUGGAGGAGUUUGGAAUAAUGGUCAACAAUGAUGCUGUUGUGAGGAAUGUGUAUUACAAAUACUUCCAUCCUAAGGAGGCGCUUGUGUCCAAUGGUGUAUUGAACAGAGAGAUUAGUCGGGCUGCUGGCAAAGUGGUCACAGGCGUCAUCGAAGAUGAAAAUGUUGGAAAUAAUGCACAGGCUCUGACAUUUGUGUACCCAUAUGGUGCCACUCUGAGUGUGAUGAAGCCUGCUGUGGCUGUUCUUUCUACUGGCUCCGUCUGCUUCCCCCUAAACAGGCCUGUCCUGGCCUUCCAUCAAGGAAAGGAGGCUGGCAAGCUGGCAGUGUUGGGUUCCUGCCACAUGUUCAGUGACAAGUACAUAGACAAAGAGGAGAACAGUAAAAUCAUGGAUGUUGUGCUCCAGUGGCUCAUGGCUGAUAAUAUUCAGCUGAAUCAGAUUGAUGCGGAAGACCCAGAGAUCACAGAUUACACCAUGUUGCCAGACACAGGGUGCCUGUCAGAACAUCUCAGAGUAUGCUUACAAGAGGGUGAUGAAAACCCCAGGGACUUCACCUCGCUCUUUGAUAUGUCUUUGUUCAAUUUGUCAAUGGACACUUUACCCCAAGUCAUCAGUGCUUACAAGCAGCUUAAUGUCAAAGACGAGCCACUUCAGCUAAUCACACCACAGUUUGAGACUCCUCUGCCUCAGCUCCAACCCGCUGUCUUUCCACCCGCCUUAAGCGAUCUGCCUCCGCCCAUGCUGGACCUGUUCGAUCUAGAUGAAACAUUCUCUUCAGAGAAAGUGCGCCUUGCACAGCUCACCAAUAAAUGUACAGACGAUGAUCUUGAAUUCUACGUGCGGAAAUGUGGUGAAAUUCUGGGGGUGACUCCAAAGUUGGAUAAAGAGCAGAGGGAUGCCAAGCACAUCUUGGAACACAUUUUCUUCCAGGUUGUAGAGUUCAAGAAACUUAAUCAGGAGCACGAGACGGACACAGAGGCACCAUUCACGCUGUUGUGAUUGGAUUCAAGAAACAUGUUAAUUAUAUUCAGCUGCCUUUUCAACACACUGUAAUGUGACCAAGCAGAUGAGUGUAUUCUUUAGUAAAGGAGGUAAAGCUGUUGUGUUUUAGAAACUGUAUAUACACAAGAUAUUUAUCUUUAUACCUUUGUAUUAUAUUGUAUUUCAUUUUGGAAAAAAAAUGUACAGUGCACUUGAGCAAAUAAAGUCAUUGAUUACUUUUA